GUAAUGGCCAUCUAUUUGGGUCCUGAAGAAGGAGGGGUAUUGCUCGUCAGACUACCGUAGGUGUGCUUGAGUUUCCUCCAUGUUAGCGCGUAUGUUUUCCCUUCACUUAAACCCAGUGGCACCUCGACCGUUUUUCCGUUGAACGCUCGUUAGCAACGGUCGCCAAACGUGUAAGAAGCUGGCUGAACUUGGUGCCGCGUUUUAGGGUUAAAGCAGGCAGCUAGCCACGCUAACGCUAGCUUACUACCAGCGCCUCUCUAGUGAGCCAACGUCUGGAAGGGCGUACGAGUUUGACGUUUUCUCCUCAAGUCUGCUCACAUUUCUGAGUUUAGUACAACGAGAUCCUCUUUCUUCGAAAAUCUAGCCCACCCAGCCAACAUGGAGGGGACACUCUUCCAAAGAGCAUGAAGACGACGGGAGACGGCGACUGAAGAGGAUUAAAAGCAACUCGUUCUUGAUGGGGAAAAGUUGAGCUGAGGACUAACAACUUGGGAUAAACUAAAGCAAGGUUUCAAGUCUCGGCUAUUGUUCAAGGGCAUGCUUAAACCUCAGUGAUGGAGACAACUGUUGUGAGCACAUCCACUCUGGCCCCUGAUGAGUUCGAUAGGAACAUGCCGCGGAUCUGCGGCGUGUGUGGUGACAAAGCCACUGGCUUUCACUUCAACGCCAUGACCUGCGAGGGCUGCAAGGGUUUUUUCAGGCGAAGUAUGAAACGCAAGGCAAACUUCACAUGCCCCUUCAAUGGCAGUUGCACCAUCACCAAGGACAACAGGCGCCACUGCCAGGCAUGCCGGCUCAAGCGCUGUGUGGACAUCGGCAUGAUGAAAGAGUUCAUUCUGACAGACGAGGAAGUGCAGAGGAAGAAAGACCUGAUUCAACGGAGGAAGGACGAGGAGGCGCAGCGUGAAGCAGAGAGGGAGGCCCGGCGGCCCAGACUCACUGAUGAACAGAGUCAGGUCAUCGCCACACUGGUGGAGGCACACCACAAAACAUAUGAUGACUCCUACUCUGACUUCUGCCGUUUCAGGCCUCCUGUGCGUGAGGGCCCAGUGACGCGUAGCGCCAGUAGAGCUGCUUCUCUCCACUCUCUGUCUGAUGCCUCCUCUGACUCCUUCAGUCACUCUCCAGAGUCUGUGGACACUAAAAUGAACUUCAACAACCUGCUGAUGAUGUACCACGAGCAGGGAAGCAGCCCCGACUCCAGUGAAGAGGAGGCCUCUAGCUACUCCAUGCUGCCCCACCUGGCUGACCUGGUCUCCUACAGCAUCCAGAAGGUGAUUGGAUUUGCAAAGAUGAUCCCAGGUUUCAGGGAGCUGACUGCAGAGGACCAGAUUGCCCUACUCAAGUCCAGUGCCAUAGAGGUGAUCAUGCUGCGCUCAAAUCAGAGCUUUAACUUGGAGGACAUGUCCUGGAGCUGUGGCGGACCUGACUUUAAAUACCAGAUCAGUGAUGUCACCAAAGCGGGCCACACUCUGGAGCUGCUGGAGCCGUUGGUGAAGUUCCAGGUGGGUUUGAAGAAGCUCAACCUGCACGAGGAGGAACAUGUGCUGCUGAUGGCCAUCUGCCUGCUUUCUCCAGACCGCCCAGGUGUUCAGGAUCACGCACGGAUCGAAGCUCUCCAGGACCGGCUGUCAGAGACCCUGCAGGCCUACAUCCAGCUCCACCACCCGGGUGGUCGACUGCUAUACGCCAAGAUGAUCCAGAAGCUGGCCGACCUACGCAGCCUCAACGAGGAGCACUCCAAACAGUACCGCUCGCUCUCCUUCCAGCCAGAGCACAGCAUGCAGCUGACCCCGCUGGUGUUGGAGGUGUUCGGCAGCGAAGUCUCCUAAAGGCUCAGUGGUGGAGACGCGGCAGGAGACGAGACCCCUGGUGGUGGAAAAACACGAAGGGAGAGAGCUGAGGAUGUGCUGGAUGGACCAAAUUGGAGGUGUGGAGGAUGAAGUGAGUGGAGGAGAGAAAGUGAUGUGUGUUUGUGUGCGCGCGUGUGUCUUGUCUAAUUAAGUCUAUCUCAGCAUAAAGGCCAAGGUUGUAUGGAGAGCAAGCAGAUGUUUAGAGAUGCAGUAAACAAGGAGACUUCAUGAAAUACAAAUCCAGCUCUACAUACAACCUUUCUACGUACAGUGUUUUUGUCUGUAUUUAAAUCAACCAACAGCUGCUUCAGAUGCCAGGACAUUUUCUGUGUACACAUGAUGUGUACACACCAACACAACAAACAUACUCAGUCAUUCAUUUAGCCAUUCAGUUGAGCUACCUCUUGGUUUUACUGGGGUUGUUUUAUAUUUACAUCACCUGUGAAACUCUAACUUUUACAUGGAACAAUUUAGAUACAGUACAGACAACAUUUCAGUUUACCGGUGCAAAAGCAGUGCCUGCACAAACUCUGAAUUUUAUGAUAUUUGUCUAUUUUAUGUUGUUUUUUUGUUUUGUUUUAUUUUUCAUCUGCUUCUCUCCAAGGCAGCAUAUGUAUAUGACUGUGUAUACAAAUCAAACACAUGCCUUUCACCUUUCACCAAAGGUAUGGUCAAACUACUUUCUCAAAAAGCUUCCAGUACCUAAAAAUAACCUUGCUGCUGCUCCACGGCUCGUUUCACGCAUGCGGCCGCUCAGCAUGUGAGCAAGUUGUGUGGCUGGCUUUGCAGCCAAUGAAGGAAAAUGUCAUUAUUUAGGAUAACUGCAGAGUGCAGAACUUAAGUCUGUAAUUUAGUGAGGUUUUUGACAGGAGUUUGGGGUGUCUGCUUUGAGGUGAGAAUUAGCCACUAAAUGUGUUAGCUACUUUUACACUGCUAACUGCCAAUCAAACAGAGCCUGCAUUAUGGCUUGUUUCUCCCUUUUGGAAAUUGUUUCUCAUUCUUCUCUCUGUUUCUCUCACUCUCUCUCUCUCUUUAUUUUCCUGUAAAUAGUUUAUUACUACCACAUGUAUCCUAAGCACUGUUAUACCACCUUUACUUAAGCUUAUGUAUUGUUAUACAGUAUCUAUAUUAUCACAGAUUUUAAAGGGCUAAGAUGCCAAAUCUAACUGGAAUAGUAAACUGAGGCCAAAGCAAGGGGCCUGUCUUGUUUAUAUAUAGCUGCAUACCAUACUUGGAAUUGGCAUAGCUGUGGAUGUAAUUUCAUUGGAUCCUUUUUCGUUUUCUACGUCUGUUCACCUUUAACAAACAAUUCCAUGAAUUGUUCCUCCUCAGUACACCGUGAGCUCGGUGGGCGCAGAGCUUUGGGAAGCUGCUUCAGACCUCCACAGAUAUCACACCCUUUCGUUUCUGACAGGGACGUGGAUUUCUCUAGAAUGUCUGAGGGCCUGAUUGUGUUGGUGGUGCGCACCUCCACACCCAGGCCCCGUUCUGAUUGAUGAUGUAUGCUGCGCAGCCCUCUAGUGGCUGCAUUGUGUAAAUACCAGAUAUAUAUAUAUAUAUAUAUAUAUAUAUAUAUAUAUAUAUAUAUGAAAAUAUGUAAUAUGUCCGCCGCUGUACAUAGGGCUACAUAGAUAUUUCUCAAGACAAAUUUUUCUGAAAAAUAUAUGCAAAUUCAAUAUAGACCCUUUUUUCGGUUGAGUCACUAUCACUACGUUCUAAGACACUAUGCUCUUUGUUUGGCUUUGAUAAUGUUUAUUUCUGGUGAGAAUGAGUUUGAAUUGGCCUGAACAGGGAUUGAUUGUGCAUUUCACUGUCAGAUUAUGUGUUUGGUGGUGGAUUGUGUAUUUUUCCUAAUAUUCGUGUUCAAUCUCAGAAAGAAGACAAGCUAAAUACACCAUGCUGCUCUCUAAUAUAAGCCAUAUACAUCACAAAGCUAGUAACACAGCUGAUACAUUACAGCCCAUCCAGAGCCAUGGGUUUGCUCAUUCUGUAAACACAUUUCAUUAAUCCAUGGCUUUUGGGAGAUAAGCUAGUAUAUGAUUGGAUCUUGUGUUUCUCUGCUGUCAUCUUUGGCUUCUGCUUCAUCAGAAAGCAUAUAAACCAAACUGCCAAGAGAAUAUAAAUGCUCAUGUUAGAGGUCAGUGAAGCAUGUGGGAUUAUGGUAAAAAAAAAAUUUGAUGUCUUUUAUAUUAAGACAGUAACCUAAAUUAAAGCAAGUCAAACAGACGAUUUCAGGUGAGAACCACCCUGGCUAAAAUGACGUCUUUGAGUGAAACAAUUCAAUUUGUGUCUUCUAUUUGCUGUGAAAGGAAUGGUCCUAUGAUUGAUUCCUUUGACUCCCUCAUUCUAGGCCAGGUUAGUGUGAGGCGGCCCAGGAGAGUGUAUGUUUGUCAUUGAACAGAUUUGUGAGAUGUUGUGAAAGUUGUUGCUUCAAUUUGUUCAGCCCAUGUUGGGUCUAUUUAACCCAGCAUAAAGUAUAUAGUCCAUUUCUGUCACUGUGGCUUUUUUCCAACAUUUCACCGGUCACUGUGACUCUGUGCAUGCUUUCAGUCGGGAUGUACACAACGUAAAUAAUUCACACAGCACAGAUAGUAGAAUAAUUUUUGGAUUUUCACAUAAUCACAACAAGUUUUCCUAUGAGAGUCAUAAGGACUAUGUUGUGUAUAUUUAUAAUUCCAAGUGUCCCACAAAUGUCCCUGCUGUGAUAGAACUUCAAGGAGUUGAGGCUUGAGUGUCUUUAGGCAGUACCACUCAUAUGUAUAGUAUGUCAGUAUGAUGAGGGGUAUGAUGUGCUUGGUUACUGAACACUGACUUUUGAAGUUUUUGAAAAGUCUCCAUGUUGAUUUUUUUUCUCUCUGAAUACAUACUUCUGUAUGUAGAUAUGGGUUUGAUUUUAUUUUUUGUUCGAUUUGUUUAUGAGAUAGAGAUGCAGUGUUGUUUGUGUAUGUUAAAUACAGUGGGAGGUUUGGUGAACAUGUAAGUGCCACAGGGAGAGUUCCCUCUACACAAGAACAGGGUAAAAGAGGAGUUAAACUUGGGAAUUGGAAACUGAACAGGAAACGUUUUGUGGAUGCAUCAUUGAACUACACCUCUGAAUCAGGGGAGUUCUUAUUUUAGACUUUUUAGGAAAACGGGGUUUGUGACCGUUUUAAUUUCCCCACCUGAUAAACCGUAUACAACACAGUUAAAUAUACAUAUGAUGCAUCCCUGGAGUCUCCUGUUUGGUUUCACCAUGGUAGGCUGCUCAGAAUCCGUAAGUUUUGAACUCUGCAUUGUGGUUGUUAAAAUACUGGAACUUGAAAACCAUCAUUGCGUCUAAGGAAGCCCACCUUAUCUUACACAGAUCCAUCUUUGGGAGAUUUCCUGAUGACAUGAAAAAACACAACACAGUAACAAUGCCUGCAAUAUCCAACUUAUGGUACACUAUCACCAGCAAGCUUUACAGAAUAUCAUGUUAGACAUUUUUGAAGAUUUUUGUAUAACUUGUUGCCAAUACAAAUCCUGUCUGUACAAACAUGUAAGAUAUACUCAUCCAUAGAAAACAGUAGGCCAUCUCCCAUGCGAAGGCUUUCAAGUCUGUCUUUUAUUUUUUGUUCUUCCCAUUAGGACAGGGAUUGUAAUGGAAUCAACUUAAUGUAGUUCUUACAAAAAGGAGUGUCCACAAUGGAUGUACACCAUAAUCUACCUAAAAAACCUACCUCUUUUAGCUCAGAUUUUUUGCUUUAGCAUUAAGCAUUUGCCUCUGUUUUUACUUUUGUAAUAUUUGUAUUCAUGUUGGUAUUUAUUGCUGUCUAAUGAGUCAUACUUCAAUGAUUACCUCAGAGAUAUCUCACAGAUUUGGGAGAGUCCAGCUAAUGAAGUCAUUCAUAGUUUUUUUUUUUUUUUUUUUUUUUUGUACAGUUUAUUUUUCUUUUCAGACUUAGCAUUGCCUUUUUUAACGCACAAAAUACCAGGAGUGUUUUUAAUAUAGUGCCUGCACUCUGACCAACGGGGCUCAGACUGGCUAGGGGGAAGGCUGCAUUCGCUCCAGCUAAAAGGCGUCCUUUUCAGCAUCUUUUGCUCUGUUGAGAGGUAACUUCAGCAACAACUACAUCUUAUGUUGUUGAUUUUUUUUUUUCUGAACUUUACCUUCAGAGUUCCUCAGAGCAAACUGGAAAGGAGGAUUUUUCAGAGUGAAUCCAGUUUUAAAGAAGGAACAGCCUGAAAGACUUUGCGGCAGUGGGGGAAAAGAGGUGUUUGCGCUCCGCUUGGUACUGACAGCAUGGUCUUUGCUCUGUAGUAUGCCAUCCUUUCCUUUUUCCCUGCUACUUUCCCCGUCAUUUCCUCCCCCUCUUCCUCCUUACCUUUUUCUGUGUCUUCACCUCUCCUUCUGUCCUAAAGUCUGCUCUUGCACCUUCAUCAUUCCCUGCCGAUGUUUGGUCUAAUGUAGGAGAAGUGAAAUCCUCAGUAUCCAUGCAAUGCUGCUUUUUUUAUCUUGAGCACCGCCAAGUUGUGAGUGACUGACACUACGUAACAAUAAAGGCAUCGUCCAAAAUGUCGCCCCCUUGGGGUGCGACAAGCCUCAAUGACAGAUUGUGUCUUUUGAAAUGAACACAACUUAGUGGUGCUUAUCAGGGGAAUAAACUUCCCUUCAGAUCCUAGUAUAAUUUUUAACAGAGCAACUACUCACUUUGGUGAAUUUAAAUCAAGUUUUUAUUAUUUUUCAUGUCAAACUGCUUCAGGUAAACACUGAAUGAAAUAAGAGAGGUUUUUUUUUAUUGAUCAGUGAGUACUGAGGAACGAUGUCGCCAUGGUCACCUCUGCCCUGAGCUGUGCGCCAUAGUCAGACCAUUUUAAAUGCAGGGAGGAUGUUAACGAAGCUGGCUUCAGAUGCUGUCUGAGAGUGAGAUCAGCCUCUAAUCUAGGACUCUGUCAGCCGUGUGUAUCGAUCGUAUUUGAGGAAUAAAUUUUGAAUUUGGUGUUGAAUUCUUACCCUGCAUUGUGAACCCAAAUUGUGCCACAUUCAAUUAAAAAUGCCUGAACCAACAAAAGCACUUAAUGUAAUGUUUGUAACACUUGCUUACUUAUGAAUCUACUAGCCAUAAACUGCCUGUGUUGGUCAGCAUGAUAUGGCUUCAAUUAUCAAGAAAAUUUAUCUUUUUGUCUCAUUUUUUUCAAAGAUCUUCUUUUUUUCUAUUAUAAAUUGGUGUUUAUGUAAUGUUAUUUUUGU